AUGUCCAAAUUCUUUACUGAAGUCCAGGAAUUGCCUCCUGACCCACUUUUUGGCUUGAAGGCCAGAUACGUCGCCGACUCCAGAGAUGAUAAGGUGGACUUGGGUAUUGGUGCCUACAGAGAUAACUCUGGAAAGCCAUGGAUUUUGCCUGCUGUCAGAAAAGCAGAGCGCAAAUUGAUCGACUCUGAGGGCUACAACCACGAGUAUUUGUCAAUUUCGGGCUACGAGCCUUUCUUGGCCGAAUCUGCCAAGGUUAUCUUGGGGAAGGACUCGCCAGCAAUCAAGAAUAACUUGGUUGUUUCUCAACAGUCAUUGUCAGGAACUGGAGCUUUACACUUGGCUGGAGCUUUCUUGAAGACGUUUUUCGCUGGAAAUCACACCGUUUACUUAUCGAAACCCACUUGGGCAAACCACAACCAGAUCUUCUCAUCUUUGGGUUUGAAAGUCGAGACUUACCCAUACUGGGACGCCGAGAACAAGAAAUUGGACAUUGAUGGCUACGUGAAAACCAUCGAAUCUGCCCCUGAGGGCUCCAUCUUCUUAUUGCAUGCCUGUGCCCACAAUCCAACAGGAUUGGAUCCUACCCCACAAGAAUGGAACACCAUCUUAAAAGCCAUUGCAAAGAAGGGCCACUUGCCAUUGUUCGACUCGGCUUACCAGGGUUUUGCUUCCGGAAAUUUGGACAAAGACGCUGCUCCUAUUAGAGAUGCCAUCUCCUCGGGAAUUUUUGAGUCUCCGAUCUUUAUUUGCCAAUCUUUCGCUAAGAAUGUCGGCAUGUACGGUGAGCGUGUGGGAGCUUUGCACGUUGUGUUGCCAGCCUCAGAGCCAGCUGAUGUGCGUGAGCCUUUGAAGAGAGCUAUCAAGUCGCAAUUGAACAAGUUGACCCGUUCCGAGAUCUCCAACCCUCCAGCCUAUGGAGCAAAGGUGGUUGCUACCAUCUUGACGGACGAUGAGUUAAGAAACCAGUGGGAAGAGGACUUGGUGACGAUGUCAUCCAGAAUCAUUAAGAUGAGAAACGAAUUGAAGGGUAGAUUAGAGAAGUUGGGCACUCCUGGUACUUGGGACCACAUUACCAACCAGACGGGAAUGUUCUCGUUCACUGGGUUGACCCCAGAGAUGGUUGCACGUUUGGAGAAGGUGCAUGGAGUUUACUUGGUCAGCUCUGGCCGUGCCAGUGUUGCAGGAUUGAACGAUGGUAAUGUGGAGAAGGUUGCCAAUGCGUUUGAUGAGGUUAUCCGUCACUGCUCCAAGUCCAAGUUGUAA